AUGGCUGAUGAACUUGGACUGUAUGUUAUGGACGAAGCAGACUUAGAAGGUCAUGGCUUCUACGACGCGGUUGCUCGAUCCAAGGCAAUACCAGAAAGCAUGCCCUACGAAGAACAGAAGCUAUUGACAUUUGGCGAAGCAGCAAAAUUCACCUUAGACGACCCAACGUGGAAUGCUGCUUACGUCGAGAGAAUGCGGCAGCUGGUUCACCGGGACAAGAAUCACCCCAGCGUGAUUAUUGGAGUCUCGGAACCGAGGCCUUCCAUGGCCAAAACCAUCAAGCUAUACAUGAUCCACAAGGCACUCGAAGAAGGAGAUAACUUCAAAAAGCCAAUUGUCCUUUGCGAAUAUGCUCGCUCUGACUUUAGCUUGAUGAAUGAUGAUUUCGUGUUCAAAUUUGACAAGAUAUCCGCUCAGAUCACGAAGUGGUCGAUCAGAGGAAAUGAUAUCCUUGAUGAGACGAAUGGGCCUCAACUGACGUUCUGGCGAGCACCUACAGACAACGAUGUUCCUCACGACGCAGAGGUGCGAUCAGUGCAGUGCAGCCAGAAACCAUCUAGUACUGCCACAAUAGUGGUACAAAGCUGGAUCAGCCCUCCGGUACUUGCGUGGGGAUUUGACACAACGACUACAUAUACCAUCCAUGGAGACGGCGAACUCAGAGUUCACAUUCUUGCCAAUCCACGAGGAGAAAGCUACAACGACAAGAAAGAAGCUACGAAAACUGGAGUCUGGUCCAGCAACGUAGACGAAUUGAUAACGAAGUACGAAUUUCCGCAAGAGAAUGGCAAUAGAACAGAUACUCGAUGGGUUCAGCUCACAAACAACAAAGGAUUUGGGAUUCAGGCGGUACUUAAGUUCGAGAAACCAGCACGACAAGUCGGUUUCGAUCUCAAUUUGCAAAGAUGCUCGGCGCACGAGUUGGCGAAGGCGAAGCAUCCGCAUAAGUUAAGAAGGAGCGAUAGAUUUAUCUUCCGUAUCGACAGAGCUCACCAAGGUCUUGGUACUGCCAGUUGCGGUUCAGGGACGAUGGCGCAGCAUCAGCUGCCUUUCCAGAUGAUUGAUUUUACUGUGGAUCUUGUUCGAAUCGGCCUAUAA